AUGUCUCUAACAUCCCUCUCAGCCUUCGCACUGCUCGCCUCGGCUUUUGCCCUACCAAGCACAUCCCUCGAUGCCCGCGCCUCAGCCUGUACACCGACAGCAGGUGGUUCUUCCUCGAUUGACGAUGUCCCUGCUAUAACAUCAGCUAUCGAAUACUGCGGCAAGGGAGGCACCAUUGUCAUUCCCGCCGGCACAACCUACUAUGUAAACAGCGUCCUCGAUUUCGCAGGCUGCGUGGGCUGCGAUUUCCAGCUAGAAGGACUCUUGAAGUUCAGCUCAUCCACAGACUACUGGGAGGGCCGGACAGUAAUGAUCAAUAUCAAGAACAUUAACGGAAUCAAAAACCGAUCCCUGACAGGGAACGGUGUGAUUGAUGGCAAUGGUCAGAAUGCAUGGGAUCUAUUCGCCGAAGACAGCAGCUACGCCCGCCCAACCCUACUCUACAUAACCGGCGGCUCAAACAUCGAAAUCUCCAACCUCCGCCAAAAGAACCCACCGAACGUCUUCAACUCCGUCAAAGGAGACAGCAAGACCGUAAACUUCACCAAUCUCAAAAUGGACGCAACAUCCAAAAACGACAAUCCCCCCAAGAACACAGACGGCUUCGACAUUGGCGCCAGCGCAGACGUGGCAAUUAGCCACGUGAACGUGAAAAACGACGACGACUGUGUAGCAUUCAAGCCCGGUGCAGACGGCGUGACUGUGACGGACAUUACCUGCACCGGAAGUCAUGGGCUCUCAGUGGGAUCACUGGGGAAGGCAUCUGACGAUGUGGUGAAGAAUGUAUAUGUCUCCGGGGCGACGAUGAUUGCGUCGACCAAGGCAGUUGGGAUCAAGACGUACCCGUCCGGAGGUUCUCAUGGGGUAUCAACGGUGAGCAAUGUUACUUUCAGUGGCAUUGUGGUUGAUGGAUGUGACUAUGCGAUUCAGAUUGAGAGUUGUUAUGGGGAGGAUAGCGAGUAUUGUGCGGAGAAUCCUGGAAAUGCGGAUUUGACGGAUAUUGUAUUCGACAAGGUCAGUGGGUCGACAAGUGGGAAAUAUGAUGCUGUCACUGGGAACCUGAAUUGCGGUUCUGGGGGAACCUGUGACGUUAAGGUCAGCUCUUAUACGGUCGAGGCGCCUUCUGGCAGAAGUAAAGUGCUGUGUGCCAAUACCCCAUCCAACCUGGGGGUGAGUUGCUCUCCGGGGGCUUCGGGUUGA